AUAGCACUUCACUCAAUGCCAAUUUUUUCUCUCUCUACUGUAUCUACUACUCCAUUUUUCCCUCUGUAAUAAACUGUGUGUCUUCUACAUACUCCAUUUUUUUUUAAUUAAAUAAAUGAAAAGAAUAAACGAAGAGAAAUAUAGAAAGUUCAUUUGAGAAAAAAAGAGUAAAACAAAAUCCAUUUGUAGGGUUUUCUUUCAAAUUUGGGAAAACCCAUUUACUUCGUAUAAAUAAAAAUUGGAGUCUUUUGAUUUUUUAAGUGACAUUGAGCUUAAAGAAACUAAAAUGUCGGUUCGGGUAUGACCCGGAUUCGGCCGAUCUAGACCGGAAAUUCAAGAUCUCCGCCUUCACAUUGCCUUGGGAGGCGGAGAGGUUAUGUGAACGAAGCUAAAGGGAAUACUGAGCUGUUUUAUUGAGGGGGGAAGGAAAAGAUGGAAUCUGAUUCACACCUUGAUUAUGCUGUCUUCCAGCUGUCACCAAAGCGGUCUCGAUGCGAAUUGUUUGUUUCUCGUGGUGGAAACACGGAGAAGCUAGCAUCAGGAUUGUUGAAGCCUUUUGUGACACAUUUGAAAAUUGCGGAAGAGCAAGUUGCAUUGGCUGUUCAGUCUAUCAAGCUUGAAGUUGAAAGGCGCAAAAGGGCUGAAUCAUGGUUCACAAAAGGAACCCUAGAAAGGUUUGUGAGGUUUGUCAGCACGCCGGAAAUUCUGGAGCUUGUCAACACUUUAGAUGCAGAAAUGUCCCAGCUAGAAGCAGCCCGAAAGUUGUAUUCACAGGGAACUGGCGAUCAGUUUGAUGGGAAUGGUAGUGGUGGAUCUGGGGUUACCAUAACAGCUGAUGCGACAAAGAAGGAGCUACUGCGAGCCAUUGAUGUUAGACUUAUUACAGUUCAACAGGAUUUAUCUACAGCUUGUUCUCGUGCAGUAGCUGCUGGUUUCAACCUAGAGACUGUAUCUGAACUUCAAACUUUUGCAGAACGGUUUGGGGCCCCUAGAUUGAAGGAGGCCUGCAACAAAUUUUUAACGUUACAGGAGAGACGGCCAGAAUUGAUCAGCUUACGUGAAGUAUCUGGUAGAGACGAUGGAGCCGUACGUUGUUCUUAUGGAUCCGACAUGUCUAUUGAUGAGGACCCCAUUACUCCCGACCAACUACCUACUGGGUCCCACCACUCUGCCGGCUCUGAAAAAUCCUCAACGUGUCAGCAACCAAAACCCAAUGAGUUCAGCGUGGAACCACCAGAAGAGCAGAGCAAAGAAAAGGAGAAAGAGGAGGGUGAGGAAGAGAAAUCCACAGAUCAAGCAAAGCUGAAAAGGCGGCUAAGCGUGCAGGAGCGUAUCAGCAUGUUUGAGAACAAGCAGAAGGAGAAUUCUGGGGGCAGCGGGAAGAUUGCUGUGGCGAAAGCCCCAGAGUUACGUAGGUUGUCAUCUGACGUGUCGGUUCCGCCGGUGUUGAGGAGAUGGAGUGGCGCCAGUGACAUGAGUAUUGAUUUGGGUGGUGACAGGAAGGAUAAUGAGAGCCCUGUAUGCACACCGUCUUCUAUCUCUGUUUCUCAGUCCAAGUCCAGUGAGCAGAAGUCAUUUAGUUCUACUGGUGCAGCAAGUCUUGAGAGAUCAGAUGUCCAAGAUUCUCCCAGGACCAGGCCAAACUCAAAUUCAGGUGGCCUUGAUGUUGAUCAGGGCCGGGGGAAGAGCAUGUCAAGCUCACAUAUGAGCAGGGCUGGGGAUAAGAAUAUGAAAAAUCAACCGGAUAUUGGACGGCCAUUCUCCACUUUGCAUAUGGGUAAAAGUGCUGAUGUUGGUAUGACUACUAACACAGACUUCAAGAGUUUGCAAAGCGGUAAGGAGCUUGAGAGGAGCAAAGGACAAGUUAGUCGGGGUAGUCUACCUGAGCAAUCUGGAGCUGUGCAGGCUGAGAUUUGGCAUCAGAAGGAGGAUACUGGAUCAAUUGAUCAUUUGGUUUCUAAGCGGGAUAAAGCUCCUCCUAGGACCACGGGGGUCGCUGCACAGUUGGAUAGUGGUUCUACAUCAAGAGUUACUGAAACUUCUGCUGCUAAAGUCCUCGAAGGUAACUCACUGAACCUGCAAUCAAGAUGGAGAUCACUUUCUGAAACUGAGGAAGUUGAAAAGGAUGAGCUGUCUCCAUCCGAUAAAUUAGCAAGUUCUUCUCAAUCAAAGGUCAAAGAGCUUGGACAUGAACCAAUGAAAUUUAAGAAACGAGGUGGUGCAGCUGAACUGGUUAAGAAGGCUCAAGAUAGGGGGGAUGAGAUCAUGUCUGGAAUUAGCAAAGCACUGCUCUCAAAUAAAGUGGUUUUGGAGGCUGAGGAGGGACUUGACUCAUUUUUGACACCCCCUAUCGAGCAAGUUCAGAGGGUACGACAGCCCAAAGCAAACCAGGAAAUGAAUGAUGACUUGAAAAUAAAAGCUAAUGAGCUAGAGAAGCUUUUUGCUGAACACAAAUUACGUGCUCCUGGCGAUAAAUCUAAUUCUACCAAGAGAAGCAGGCCAGGUGACGUGCAAAGCCGUUCAGCUGCUAGUUCAUCCUAUAGGAAAUCUGUGGUAGAUAAUAAUAGUAAUUUUAGGAUUUCUGACAGUUACAUGUUUAAUGAACCUUCCUCAAGUUCCAAGGAUGUUCUAAAUAGGAAUUUCUCUGAACUAAGUUUUUCGGAGGGUUCUCGGGGAAAAUCCUAUGAGAGGUAUAUGCAGAAAAGGGAUACAAAGCUCAGGGAAGAAUGGAAUUCUAAGGGAGCAGAGAAGGAAGCCAAACAGAGGGCUAUGGAGAAUAGCCUUGAGAGGAGUAGAGCUGAGAUGAAGGCAAAGUUUGCUGGAUCUGCUGAGAAAGACAGUAUGGUUUCAAGUUCCCAUCGGCGUGCUGAGAGACUCAGAUCAUAUAAUUCGAGGUCUAUUCUAAGGAGAGACCAGCAACAAUUAGUUUUUGAGCAAAGUGAUAACGAAGAAGAUAUGUCUGAAUUAUCGAAGCAAAGAAAAUAUGGUGAAGACAGAUCUUUCAACGAAACAUCCUUCGGGGAUGAUGCUCGUAAAAGCACACGGGGUAAGAAGCCUUUACCUGUCAAAGGUUUGUCUUCGUCCACACCUCGCACCACAGUAGCACCUGUUCCGAGGUCUUCUGGAAAAGCUUCCAAUAAUGCAUCAGGUAAGCGGAGAAUUCAAUCGGAAAAUCCUCUGGCACAGUCUGUCCCAAAUUUCUCUGACAUGAGAAAGGAGAACACCAAGCCUUCUUCCACAGCUGGUAAGACAACUCGUUCACAAUCUAGAAAUUACACCCGUAGCAAAAGCACAAGUGAAGAGGCAUCCCUUAUCAAGGAGGACAAAUCACGAAAAUCACAGUCCUUGAGAAAAAGCUCCGUCAAUAUUGGGGAAUUUAGGGAGACAUCCACUUUCGAUUCUGAUGGUGUUGUUCUGACACCUCUCAAGUUUGACAAAGACGACAUGGAACGGAGCAUCACCGAUAAAUUUCCAAAGAGUUCUGGUUCAAAGACUUUGCUAAAGAAGGGUAAGGAUAUUGACUUCAGCUCUAGAAGUGGUCUGACUAAGACAAGGACUUCUGCUGUAUCCAAGAUUGUGGACGACAAUGUUGAGUAUGAUGAUAUGGUAUUUGAGCCCGAAGACUCCGAAGGCAGGGUCCCUGACGAAGAAGAGGAAGAAUUUGAGAGCAUGACGGCCGAAAUUCAGGAAAACUUCGAUAAUGGGGAACCAAGACUGAGCCAUGACUCAGAGAAGUUGGAAAACUCUGGAUCAGAGAAUGGUGAUGUUUUGAGAUCAUAUUCUCAAGCGAACUCUGCUUCAGAAGCUGUAUUGCCUUCUAUGGUCUCUAAUAAGUUGUUAUCUGGUGGACUUGUACAAGAUUCACCUGGAGAAAGUCCUGUCUCAUGGAAUACACAUGCUCAUCACCCUUUUUCUUAUCCUCAUGAGAUGUCUGAUGUUGAUGCAUCCGUGGACUCUCCUGUGGGAAGUCCUGCCUCCUGGAAUUCACAUUCUCUAAGUCAAACAGAUAGUGAUGCAGCUAGAAUGAGGAAGAAAUGGGGAAUGGCUCAGAAACCUAUGCUCGUGGCAAAUUCUUCUCAUAAUCAAUCACGCAAAGAUAUGGCCAGAGGAUUUAAACGGUUUCUGAAAUUUGGGAGGAAAAAUCGCGGCACAGAUAAUUUGGUUGACUGGAUUUCUGCUACCACUUCUGAAGGAGAUGAUGAUACAGAAGAUGGACGUGACCCUUCUAAUCGAUCUUCAGAUGAUUUAAGAAAGUCAAGAAUGGGCUUCUCUCAGGAACAUCCAUCUGAUGAUAGCUUUUAUGAGAACGAGUUUUUCAGUGAACAAGUUCAAGCGUUGCGCAGUUCAAUCCCAGCACCUCCAACUAACUUCAAAUUGCGGGAGGAUCAUUUAUCAGGGAGCUCAAUAAAAGCUCCAAGAUCAUUCUUCUCCUUAUCGACAUUCAGAAGCAAGGGAAGUGACUCAAAGCCAAAGUGAAUAUCCAAAGCAAUAGAUAGCUAGCUAUGUUAAAAGGAUAAAGUUCUACCAAUUCUUGGAAUUGCCUUGAUUGCACACAACUUCAGACAAUAUUUCGAAGCAAGAGUCAAGGUAUAGAUGACGGUACUAUUAUCUAAAUAUGCUGUAUACUUGUACUUAGUAAUCAUGGGGCUUCUGAUGCCUUGCUUGUGCUUAGCUGUUUCUAGUAGUUGUCCCAGAAUAUAUGUUGUAUAUUGUCUUGAGAGGACAAAUGGCGGAAUAUUAAUGUGGUUUUGGUAGUCAUAGCAUUCUUUCUUAUGUUGCUAUAUAUUUUCUCUUUAUUUUUUGGUAAAUAUCAGGAGUUAAAUUUUGUUCUAUCAAAUAUUGACAGUUUAGAAGGGUGAAACUGUGUAAUUUUGCUGCC